AUGUUCAUUAUUGCAUAUGCUCUUUAACUCAAUAUCUAUUUGGGCAAAAUUUAAGAUCCACUCAUCCUGCCCAAUCACACUGGCAUGCUCGUUGACAUCUUUUGCGAUGUCAUCGACUCCUUUAAAACUCGUAGAAAUGAACAAGUAGAUUUGCUCUAUGUGGAUCAACCUGAUUAAGCCAAUAUAACUUUUAACUUUAUAAGAAAUUAUAAUUAAGAAAAGAGCAUUGUUCUCACUUAAGAUGCAAUUCAAUUGGAUUACUCCCAAUAUGAUGUAUUUCCUAUGAGUUAUGCAAGCAGUUGUCAAAAGCAAUACUUACAGAAAAUUAUAUUUUUAUUUAUCCCAGUCUUGUUGUUACACUUUUCUCCAGGAUUGUAUGGGAACUCUUUUUCAAUUACAUCAUCAUUAUAUUCCCUUGGAUUAUGAUCUAUGCAAACUUUAUGAUUUUCUUCCUUUCCAAACAAAAGUACAAAACCUACUCCAAAAAAAUACGCGUAUCGCUUCAAAUUCUUGUUGGCAAUCAAGAAACCAAUCAGUAUUAUUAUGUUUAAUCAAAAUAGAUCUACCCUAAUCCUCAAAAUCAUGUUCAUCAUUAUCACCUUCUUGAUAAGUGCCAUCAUAUUCAUAGACUUUAUUUAUGUUGUUGGGAAUGCAAUCCAGAGACAAAACUUUAAUUCUCUCAAUGAUCUGGCCAUGAAUCAAUUUCAAUUAUGUUCUGUUAAAAAUGAUAAAUUCAUCUCUGACAUGAUUUAACGUUAUCGCGACAUCAGCUACCAGGAAAAAGACAAUAUCCAAUAAUGCAUAGACGUACUUCAUUCCAUCAUAUUAUACAGAUGCUCUUUAAAAAUGAAGAUGCCGUCAUCUUUAUAAGCGAGUUCUAGUAUGGACUCUUUCUCAAGAACUACCCAGAAUAUACCUACUUAAAGUACUAGUUAAAGUACAACUCCUAUAGAAGCUAUCAAUUACUAUUUAACUCAACUAUCGAUUAAAAUAUCAGGAAGGUACUAAUACAAUUUCACAAUAGGACAUCAAUGCAUCCAUCGAUUAAUUGUGGCCUUAAAAAUAUGACCUGGAUGUCCGGAAGAAAUAUUUGGUCUAAUUAGUCUAUGUUAAAUCUGCAGUAGUUUCCUUAAUCUUUACGAAUAAGACCUUUCUGACUACCAGCAUCAUGAUUUCGAUCACUUCCAUUCUUUUAAUUUAAAUAUCGAUUGUUCGAAAACAAUGCCGAUUAUGUCGUAAAAAAUUACCCUUUCCAUUCAUAUCCCAUAAAGCCAAAGUAAUACGCUCCAAAGAAACUAAAACCAAUAUGAAUGAUUCACAAGUAUUUAUAACAGGGAUUCUAGAAGAAUUAAAAAAUUGA